UAUAUAAUUACCAACCAUGAACAAUAUCAAUAUCUUUCUAUUCGUUCUUUUUCUUCUUCCUCUAUUAGCCUCUUGUGAAGAAAAAAACAUCUACAUAGUUCAGUUUCGUGGACACAAUGGAGAAAAAGCAUUGCAUGAGAUAGAAGACACCCACCAUUCAUAUUUGCUCUCUGUGAAAAACAAUGAGGAAGAAGCUAAGGCUUCUCGUCUUUACAGUUACCAAUACAGCAUCAAUGGCUUCGCCGCAGUGCUCACUUCUGAUGAAGCCUCCAAACUUUCAGAAUUGGAAGAAGUUGUAUCAGUGCAUAAAAGCGAACCAGGAUUGUACACAUUACAGACAACAAGAUCAUGGGAAUUUGUAGGCUUAAACGAGGGUGGAGAAGGCCUCUUAUCGAAAGCCAAAUACGGACAAGAAGUAAUAGUUGGCGUCUUGGAUAGUGGUAUAUGGCCAGAAUCAGAAAGCUUUAAUGACGGAGGAAUGGGACCUGUUCCAAAAUCAUGGAAGGGAAUCUGCCAAACUGGGGUUGCUUUUGACUCUUCCCACUGCAAUAAUUUUGAUUUGAAAUGUGCUGACAAAGGAAGUGCCAUUAAAUGUGCUGACAAAGGAAGUGCCAUUGAUAGAAUAAAGAAAGUGAUAUCUCCCUUGCUUUUGAAGGGACAAUUACUUAUGGAAACAAAUCAGGGCGUUUCAAAAACAUUCCUUAGAUAA